AUGCCACCCCCAGACAUCCCCACCCUCCCCACCCCACCCUUCUACACCCACAUCCCCAACAUCAACAACCUGCGCCUCGCCACUUACUCCCUCACCACCGCAUCCGGCGCCACCCUCCGCCCAGGCAUCCUCUUCCGCAGCGCCGAAGUCGCCAAGUUAGACACCGCCGGCUGGACCGCCGUCCGCGACAUCGGCGUAGCCCACGUCUUCGACCUGCGCAGCUUACCCGAAGUAGAAAAAGGCUGGGCUGGUAUUGUUGGAGAUGAUGUAAAUGGAAAGGGUAAGGGUAAGGGAGAGGGAGACUUUAGGCCGGGAUGGAUCCAGGCGAUGGAGGAGGCGGGUGUGAAGAGGAGCUGGACACCGGUGUUUGAGGAGAGGGAUUAUAGUCCUGAGAGGUUGGCGGAGCGGUAUGCGAAUUACAUGGAUGAGGAUGUCAAGGGGUUUGUGGAGGCUUAUGCUAGUAUUUUGACGGAUGGAGGGGGGGCUUAUGGGACUAUUUUGCGGUAUCUGGCCAGCCUGAGUAGUGAUGGCGAGGGGAAAGAAGGACAGAAACUCGGUGCACUAAUCCACUGCACAGCCGGCAAAGACCGAACGGGAAUCUUCUUCGGUCUCCUCUUCGAUUUCCUCGGUGUCCCGCGCGAGCAGAUCGCCGAGGAGUACCAACUCACUGAACUGGGCCUCCGUCCUGCACGGGACGAGAUUGUGGAGCGGUUGUUGACGAGUCCCGGCUUCAGGAAGUAUAUGCUUGCGCAAUCAACCGGAAGACCUCUAUCGAAGGAGGAGAUGGCACAGAUCAUCCAAGGAAGGGAUAGCGAGGGUUCUGAUACGUCAGAAUUUCCGCCGGAAGUCUUGGAAAAGGGCAGGCAGGCUGCGUUGCGCAUGGUGGGGUCGAGGAAGGAGAGUAUGCUGGCGAGUUUGGAUAUGUUGGAUGUGCGGUUUGGCGGCGCGGAACGGUAUAUGAGGGAGUAUUGUGGGCUUGGGGAUAAGGAGUUGGAGGCGCUGAGGAGGAAUUUGGUGGGUGGGAAGGGGGCGUGA